CAUUGCGCUUUCCGUCGAAACUCAUGUCGUCACUAGCGUCCGUUGUGCUUAAAGUUUUUGGCGGAUUUUUUGACUCUAGCUACCUACGUAAAAGCAACAUUUUCUGAACGGAUUAUUUUACAUUUAUAGAAAAUGGAAAGAUCCAGGAUGAACCGAGCAUCCAGCAGUAGGCUCUCUGAGCUCCCUCAAAGAGUUGAAAGCAACAGAAUGAGCAUGGUUUAUGCAACACCCCAGAGCAAACAAUCCUUCGGAAAGUUGAACAUUCCUAAACCCCAGUCUGUCACAUCCGAGAGAAGAACCAGCUUUUUUGGUAGUCGGACCAGUGGGGCUGGCAUGGCUCGCAACAGCGCCUUUGGAGCCUUUGGAGGUGCAGAGAAGAUGAAGGAUCCCCGGCCCUUACACGAUAAGGCCUAUGUUCAGCAGUGCAUCAGACAGUUGUGUGAGUUUCUGUCAGAGAAGGGCUUUCCGGGUUCAAUGUCAGUCAAGUCUCUCCAGUCGCCCUCCACCAAGGAGUUCCUAAAGAUCUUUGAGUUCAUCUACUGCCUCCUGGACCCCACCUUCCAGAUGCCCACCUCCAAAGUGGAGGAAGAGGUCCCCAGGAUUCUCAAAGACUUGGGGUAUCCAUUUGUUCUCUCCAAAAGUUCCAUGUACUCUGUGGGGGCACCACAUACAUGGCCACAGGUCUUGGGGGCUGUUGUCUGGCUCAUCGAUACUGUGAAGGUCUUUUGCUGUAUGAGUGAUCAGGACCUGCUCUUUGCUGAUUUCUCUGACGGAAGCACUGAGAUUGAGGACGGGGUGGAGUUCAACAAGCUCUUUCUGGACUACACCGCUGAAACAUACAACAAGUUCAUGCAAGGAGCGGAUACGUUUGAUGAAGAGGAUGCAGAUUAUCUUGCUAAACUAAAGAGACUUUACAACGUUGACGAAGGGCUUCUCGCAUCCAUGGAGGAGAAGUACAGGAUUCUGAGUGGUGAGGUUGAACGACUGGAGAAAGAAAGUCAAACGGACCGAUUGAUGGUCAAAAGAACGGAGAAAGUCAAACUUCAGACAGACCUGCAGAAGCUGCAGAGUUAUCGCAGUAACCUGGAGUCUUUCAAAGCCAACCUGGAGAACAAAGCCUCUGGAUUGGCCGAGGAGCUGGAAGCAUCGGGACUGCAAGUGGAGACCCUAAAACAGGAGGAGUCCCGGCUCCAACACAUCUUGUCCACCCAGAAGUUCACUCCCGCAGACAUUGAGAGGAUCAACUGGGAGAAGAGGGAGCUGCAGCAGACCAUCAACAGCCUGAGCAAGAGCCUGGAGCAGGCCGAGCAGCACAUGUGGAACGAGGAGAUCGCUCUGGCCAAGGCCAAGGAGACGGCCGAAGUGAAGCUGGCCGAGUACCACAAGCUUGCCCGCAAACUGAAGCUCAUCCCUGUGUCUGCCGAGAACGCAUGCGGCCACGACUUUGAGAUCAGGACCUCCACAGAAUACGGACCGUCCACCAUGGUUCAAUGCAGAACACAGAUUCAACAACUACUGAGGAAACUGAUCACUGAUGUGGACGAGGAGUGUAGUCGACUGACAGACAUGAAACUAAGCCUGGAGGAGUCGAUAGAACAGGUGAAUUCCAAUAUUUCAGAUAAAGCGAAUGACUUGAAACAACUGAGAGAGCAAAUCCGUAGGCUCGACGAGCAGCUCGAACAAGACAUGCAGGACAUUGCCCAUGAGGAGCAGAAGUGGUCUGCUGAGAUGGAGUCUGUGGAGACCCACCGCAAGCUGCUGGAGAAGAAGGUGACCCUGGGCUAUGAUGAGUCUGUGGAGCAGCUGAAAGCUGCACAACAACAGUACCAUCUUGUCCUGCAAGAAACCAAUGAGGAGCGGCGGACUGUGGUUAACAACCUUGCCAGUGUGUUAACCACGGCUGCCAACCACCUGUCCAUUGUAGAGAAAUUCUUAGAGGAUCAACACAAGCGAGUAGACAGGGUGUACGUGGAAGCUUUCCGGGAGGACGAGGUGGACAUUCAGAAGAUGAAGGACAUUAUGGAGAGCUUCAUCGCUAAAGUAAAUAGCAUGUAGUUCCAUGCUUUACUAUAAAAGCUGACAUGAGCUCUUACACUUUACUUGGUUAUUCCAUUGGAACCAUCCCAGCGGGCAAAACAUGGUUCAGUGAUGUUGUGACAACAGAAACUAGUUGAAAUGACAUCAUUGACAACCAGUUUUGCCUGUUGGGAUGAGUGCAGCUUUUCUUCUCUUCUAAGUGACGUCUUUACUCACCACGGUGAGCAGAACAUCAGUUCCAAAGGGCCGCACCAUCUUCUGCAGUUUCCCAGGUCACUGCUCUAAAGCAUUGGGAACUUGUGAGACCAGAUGGGAAGACUGUAUUGGGUGCUGGUAGAAAACAUGUUUCAAUAGGAGUUUUACUUUGUUCAAGUACCCCUGGGUUAGAUCAUGGGUGUACUGUUAAACCCUUUUUGUAAAGUAUUUUAUUGUUGUCUUGUGUUUCUCAUCUGUCUAGCCACUAGAGGGCAGUGUAAGGCUACAUUUACAUUACAGCAGUUUCUGGUCGGCUGGAAUUUUUUUAAUUUAACCUUAAUUUAACUUGGAAAGUCAGUUAAGAACAAAUUUUUAUUUUCCAAUGACAGCCUACCGGAGAACAGUGGCUGAACUGACUUUUUCAGGGCAGAACAACAGAUUUGUACCUUGUCAGCUCGUGGAUUCGUUCCAGCAACCUUUUGUUUACUGGCCCAACUCUCUAACCACUAAGCUACCUGCCGCCAAAUAUACACUACCGUUCAAAAGUUUGGGGUCACUUAGAAAUGUAUUUGAUUUGAAAGGAAAGCAACAAAAAAGUCAAUUUAAAAUAAUAUAAAAUGUAUCAGAAAUCCAGUGUAGACAUUGUUAAUGUUGUAAAUUACUUUUGUCACUGGAAACAGUUGGUAUUUUAUGGAAUAUCUACAUAGGCGUACAAGAGGCCCAUUAUCAUGACUCUGGGAUGCUGGCCUUCUCGGCAAUGUUCCUCUGUCCAUAGUCUGGGUUCUUUUGCCCGUCUUAAUCUUUUCUUUUUAUUGGCCAGUCUGAGAUAUGGCUUUUUCUUUGCUACUCUGCCUAGAAGGCCAGCAUCCCGGAGUCACCUCUUCACAGUUGACGUUGAGACUGGUGUUUUGUGGGUACGAUUUAAUGAAGCUGCCAGUUGAGGACUUGUAAGGCGUCUGUUUCUCAAACUAGACACUAAUGUACUUGUCCUCUUGCUCAGUUGUGCACCGGGGCCUCCCACUCCUCUUUCUAUUCUGGUUACAGGCAGUUUGCGCUGUUCUGUGAAGGGAGUAGUACACAGCGUUGUACCAGAUUUUUAGUUUCUUGGCAAUUUUUCGCACGCCUGUGUAGAUAUUCCAUAAAAAAUUUGCUGUUUCCAGCUACAAGUCAUUAACCAUGUCUACACUGUAUUUCUGAUCAAUGUAUGUUAUUUUAAUGGACCAAAAACGUGCUUUUCUUUCAAAAACAAGGACAUUUCUAAGUGACCCCAAACUUUUGAAUGGUAGUGAAUAUUAUGGUUAUUUGUUUUUCGCUGCAGUUUGUGAUGCUUUAAAUAAAGAUACGUAUCCCCA